CAUUUCGGCCUUGUCCGUAGCCGGCCCGGCCCAGCGCCUGAAAGGGUGAGCCGGCCCGGAGAGGAAGCAGAUGCGGCAUCCGGUCCGCGCGGAAUAUUGAAGGAUGUUUGUUCCAAGAUCUCUUAAAAUCAAGAGGAAUGCUAAUGAUGACAUCAAAAGUUGUGUUGCUAAGAAAAUUAAGCCAGAAGCCGAAGACCUUCAUUUGGACAAAGGCAGAGAUGUUGAUGCUUUAGUUUCAAAAGAAACCACUGCACCAGACAGGCCCAGAAGCGAAUCAGGCUCCUUUCCCAGUCCUGCUGGCCAGUUGGCUGAGGCAGGCUUGGUAGGACCUGAACAGGGUGCUGAAGAGCCUGUGAAGUCAUUUUCUAAAACACAGCGCUGGGCAGAACCUGGGGAGCCUGUCUGUGUUGUCUGUGGCCGUUAUGGAGAGUAUAUCUGUGAUAAGACAGAUGAAGAUGUGUGUAGCUUAGAGUGUAAAGCGAAACAUCUUCUCCAGGUUAAGGAAAAGGAUGAGAAAUUAAAACUGAGCAGUCGGCAGAAAGCUGGUUCUGAGCCAGAGCCUUCUCCACUUGAUGAUGUUUAUGUCUACAAAGAACACCCCUUUAUUUUGAACCUUCAGGAGGACCAGAUUGAAAAUCUUAAACAGCAGCUAGGAAUUUUAGUUCAAGGGCAAGAAGUCACAAGGCCCAUUAUUGACUUUGAACAUUGUGGUUUCCCUGAGGCCUUAAAUAACAACUUGAAGAAAUCGGGCUAUGAAGUGCCAACCCCCAUCCAAAUGCAGAUGAUUCCAGUGGGUCUUCUGGGGAGAGACAUUCUGGCCAGUGCAGAUACUGGCUCAGGAAAAACAGCUGCUUUUCUUCUUCCUGUUAUCAUCCGAGCUUUAUUUGAGAGAAAAACUCCAUCUGCACUUGUUCUUACACCAACGAGAGAGUUAGCCAUUCAGAUAGAGAGACAAGCUAAAGAACUGAUGAGUGGUCUGCCACGAAUGAAGACUGUGCUUCUUGUAGGGGGCUUGCCUUUACCUCCACAGCUUUAUCGCUUGCGACAACACGUGAAGGUUAUCAUAGCAACCCCUGGGCGACUUCUGGAUAUAAUAAAACAGAACUCUGUAGCACUUGGUGGAAUAAAAAUUGUAGUAGUAGAUGAGGCUGAUACCAUGCUAAAGAUGGGCUUUCAACAACAAGUGCUUGACAUUUUGGAAAACAUUCCAAAUGAUUGUCAGACCAUUUUGGUUUCAGCCACAAUUCCAGCUAGCAUAGAACAACUGGCUAGCCAGCUUCUGCAUAAUCCUGUGAGAGUGAUCGCAGGAGAAAAGAAUCUACCCUGUGCCAAUGUGCGCCAGAUUAUCCUGUGGGUAGAAGACCCAGCCAAGAAGAAAAAACUAUUUGAAAUCUUAAAUGAUAAGAAACUCUUUAAGCCUCCAGUGCUGGUAUUUGUAGACUGCAGACUAGGAGCAGAUCUGUUGAGUGAGGCAGUUCAGAAAGUCACAGGUCUGAAAAGCACAUCUAUACAUUCAGAGAAGUCACAAAUGGAAAGGAAAAACAUAUUGAAGGGAUUACUUGAAGGAGACUAUGAAGUUGUGGUGAGCACGGGGGUCCUGGGACGAGGCCUUGACUUGAUCAGUGUUAAGCUGGUGGUGAAUUUUGACAUGCCUUCAAGUAUGGAUGAGUACGUGCAUCAGGUUGGAAGAGUGGGGAGAUUAGGUCAAAAUGGAACAGCAAUUACUUUCAUCAAUAACAAUUCAAAAAGACUCUUCUGGGAUAUUGCAAAAAGAGUAAAGCCCACAGGAUCUAUCCUUCCUCCACAGUUAUUAAAUUCCCCCUACCUUCACGACCAGAAGAGAAAGGAACAGCAGAAAGAUAAACAGACACAAAACGAUGUGGUUACAGGAGCUAAUCUCAUGGACAUUAUUAGAAAACAUGAUAAAAGUAAUUCUCAAAAAUGAUUUGUUAUGCCACUUUGAAUAAAUUUUGUUGCAUAUUUUCAGCAGAAUUUCUAUAAAUUAUUACUGUGUAAUUUGAGUAAACGAUAAUGUUCAUGAAACAGAAUCUUUAAGAUAGGAUUUUUUAACUUAAUAAAACAUGUAAAGCAAUACUGUAUUUAUUUCCCUUUUUAAUUCUCACAUUAAAAACAAAGUUAAAAAAAUGAGUUGUUAAAUAAUUUUCUUAUCUG